AGUGUGUUUCACCUCAAGCGAUCACACUGAGGGAAGGAGAGAAGGGAUGAAAACAGAGGAGAGCCAACAGUCCUGUCUGCAGCUGCCUUCCUCCUCAACGCCUUUUGGUCCGGAGUACAGGGGAGGGGGUGAGGUGUGUGCGGGCUGCGAGUCUCCCAUCGCCGAUCGCUUCCUGCUGCGCGUGAACGAGCGCUCCUGGCACGAGACCUGCGUCAAGUGCGCUGUGUGUUUGAGCGCACUCACUGGGACGUGUUACUGCAGGGACCGCCUGCUGUACUGCAAGCACGAUUAUGAAAAGUUGUUCGUAAGGAAGUGCAGCGCCUGUCUGCAGGUGAUCGGACGUUCAGAGCUGAUAAUGCGCGUGCUAGGACAGGUGUACCAUCUGGGCUGCUUCAGCUGCUGUGAGUGUGAACGCCGGCUGCAGAGAGGUGAUGAGUUUGUGCUGAAAGAAGGCCAGCUGCUUUGCCGUAUGGACUAUGAAAAGGAGAGGGAAAUGCUAGCUGCUAUCAGUCCUACACCGACUGAAUCAGUGAAAAGUGAGGAUGAGGACGGUGGAGGGGGCUCUGGUGGGGGGAAGGGUGGUGAUGAAGGAAAAGAGCACAAGCGUUCAAAGCGGCCACGCACUAUCUUGACCACUCAGCAGCGCCGCGCUUUCAAGGCCUCCUUUGAAGUGUCUGCUAAGCCUUGCCGCAAGGUGAGAGAGACACUGGCUGCAGAGACUGGGCUGACAGUACGAGUUGUGCAGGUGUGGUUUCAAAACCAGAGAGCCAAGAUGAAAAAGAUAGCUCGCCGACAGCAGCAACAGCAGCAGCAGCAGCAGCAGGAACAGGAGAAGCUAGGAGGAACCAGGAGAGGACCAAGCAGAGGGGGCCGCCAGAGCAAUGAUGACAGCGAGGAUGGUUCUAGUACCCAUGGCAUGGAUGGGAUGCUGGGAUAUCCUCUGCCACGUCAGCAACUUCUCACCCUGGACCCCAACAUUUAUGGCGGAGAGCCGUUUAGGCACGGCCUGACACCACCUCAGCUGAACAGCGAGCAGCUGCACUCCUACGGGGAUGGCAGUCUCCUGCCAGGACGAGUGGGAAACCCCAUUGACCGUCUCUACUCCAUGCAGAGCUCAUACUUCACCUCCUGA